AUGGCUGCUAGCAGUGGCGACGCUACCAACUCUGCUUUCCAUUCUUACUAUCGCGAGAUCGUUCGGCAGAUGAUGUUUGCAAAUGGAGACCUUGAAGAUCCAAUUCCAACGUGCAUAGAUAUGGUUUUGGACAUGGCUAAAUAUCAAAUGGUUAAAGCACUCGAGGAUGCAUGGAAGAAAGCUCAGAAUGAAAAGAGAGAUUGCAUCAUGCUGGAGGAUGUGCUUGUCCUGUUCAAACACCAUAAGUUCAUACUAAAUAGAUUGUUACAAUUUGCAAGAACAGCAGAAAGUGUAAACGAAUUGAAAAGAGCAGCUCCUCGGACGGCGAAAUUGGACGAAGAGCGUGAGGAAGGAAGCGAUCAGGAGGAUAACGCGGUUCCUUCAACAAGCGUGUUCGACACCAGUCUGAGUCGAAUGAAGGCUGUUGUUGACUCGAUGAAUCUUGGUGAAACAGCAGAUCAACUUCUUGAAAUGCGAGAUGUAGCUUAUGAAGAGAGAAAAAAGCGUAUCGCUCAUCUUGGAGAUGAUAUGACACAAGACGAAUUUCUCAGAUUUACGGAAGCGCGGCAGGCAACGUUCAGAGAUGAUUCGAAGCAAAAGACUAAGCUGUGA